AUGUCUGCCACCACCGUCACUCUUUCUGCCCUCCUCGCCGCAGCCGCGGCUUUCUCUGGUGCUAACGCCCAGAGCUCGACUUCGGUCGCUCCUCUCGCAGCGCAGAGUUAUGCCUACGCCGAUCUCGUGAGUCCUUGGCCGUCUGGGCUACCCUACCAAGUCGAGCCCUACGGGGGCGAGCGUGGUAACCAGGUCGGCUACAACAAGUGCAACUCCACGACCGAGACCCAGGACUCCAUGUGUCAGACGCUCGUCGUUAACACCAUUGAUGACUUCUGUAUCUGGUCCUCUCCGAAGACCAACGACACCAUUGGUGAAUCUGAGGCGUACGAGGUGUCCUGGUGCGCCAAGAAGGGCCAUGGUACUCGUAUCAUGCCCGACGGCACCCUCAAAGGUCUCCAGCACAUCACCACCCCCGACUAUGUCAUGAUCGUCGGUUUCCUCGACCAGACCCAGGUCAACCUUGCCGCCAGCGACUACGGAGGAGAGCUCGACCCGCAUGGUGCCGAUGAGAUGGGCAACCCUAUGGGUGGCAUGGUCUACUCGAACCAGUACCCCUCCAGCAACACCGACAACAAGACGCUCAGCCAGGUCGUCGAGUGGAAGCAGUUCAUUGGUGGCAACCAGUUUUGCCUCAUGAUCUGUGACCCCGCCAAGACUUCCCCCACGAACGUCGGUCUGUGCAACAAUGUCUACGACGAGGUCGGCAUCAACUACAACUGCCCGAACGCCGCGCAGAAGGACGUCUUCGAGGUCUGCGACGGAGACUCGAUGACCCCCAUCGGUCAGUACGUCUCCAACGGCGUGACGACCACCUGGACCCAGCCGUGGUCCGGCACCUGGACCGUCCCUUACACGCCGACGGUGCCCGCGUCGUCCAACUGCCGCACCUUCGCGUCGACAGACCUGUACAGCGCGGGCGUAAAGCCGACCGCGUCUGGGUCUGGCGCCGCUGCUGGUGCGAGCGCGACGGGUUCGAGCGGCAGCCGUGCCGGUUCAUCUGCUGGUGCGUCCGCGACUGGCUCGAGCGGCGACGCUUCGAGCGGGAGCCACGUCAUCGUCUCCGGCUUCGCGACCGUGCUGGGCGUCGCUGCGGCCGUUGCGUUCCUUGCAUGA